CAAAAAAUUAAUGAGAAGAGUGUGUUUUCCCAUUUUGCAGGUCUGUGUGAUGUCUGGUGUAAAAGAUAGGUGGGGUCGCGUAUUUGCUUCUGCAUUGUGUGUGGUGAGAAGUUGUUCUGGUUAAAGUAGAUGCAGAAAAUCCAGCUUCACACAGGUUAAAAAUACCCUUCAUGAAGAAGAAAGAUCUUAAGCAACAUGGUGGAUUCAGAAGCUCAUGAAAAGAGGCCGCCCAUCCUGACAUCUUCAAAACAAGACCUGUCACCUCAUAUCGCGAAUGUCGGGGAGAUGAAGCAUUACUUGUGUGGCUGCUGUGCAGCUUUCAACAACGUAGCCAUCACGUUUCCCAUUCAGAAGGUGCUCUUUCGGCAGCAGCUGUAUGGGAUCAAAACGAGGGACGCGGUGCUGCAGUUGCGGAGGGAUGGCUUCCGAAACUUGUACCGGGGCAUCCUGCCCCCACUGAUGCAGAAGACAACGACGCUGGCGCUCAUGUUUGGGCUCUAUGAGGACUUAUCUUGCCUUCUCCGCAAGCACGUCCGUACCCCCGAGUUUGCGACCCGCAGUGUGGCCGCAGUGCUUGCAGGGACGACAGAAGCAAUUUUCACUCCAUUGGAAAGAGUUCAGACAUUGCUUCAAGACCACAAGCAUCAUGACAAAUUUACAAACACUUACCAUGCUUUCAAGGCGCUCAAAUGCCAUGGAAUUAGAGAGUAUUAUCGAGGCUUGGUACCUGUUCUUUUCCGUAAUGGAUUCAGCAAUGUCCUUUUCUUUGGCCUUCGAGGUCCCAUUAAGGAGCAUCUGCCUACUGCCACGACUCACAGUGCUCAUCUGGUCAAUGAUUUUAUCUGUGGAGGUCUGUUGGGUGCCAUGUUGGGAAUCUUGUUUUUCCCAGUUAAUGUCGUGAAGACUCGCAUGCAGUCUCAGAUUGGUGGGGAGUUUCAGUCUUUUCCCAAGGUUUUCCAGAAAAUCUGGCUAGAGCGGGACAGGAAGCUGACGAAUCUUUUCAGAGGUGCUCACCUGAAUUACCAUCGCUCCCUCAUCUCUUGGGGCAUAAUCAAUGCAACUUAUGAGUUCUUGUUAAAGAUUAUAUGAAAGAAACCAUCAGUUAAGUGCCAUUUGUUAACUGAAUAGACCUAAGAAGAACGCAGUUUGGCCUGGUUUCUAAUUGGCCAAAUACAAGUUGGUGUCAUAAGUUCAGGGCACAGUGAAUUAUGGGCAAAGCUGUUUUCUUGAAGCACCAACAAAUUCAGAAUAAAAGGUUCUAAUAGGAAAAUUUAAGGGGUUUUUGGUUUUGUUCUUUCAUUAUUAUCCGAGAACUUUAGGCUAAUUGCCUGGUUAAGAGCUGUCUCCCUGACUGCUUUUGACCAGGAAAACAGCCACGGUAUGAUUCUUUUUCCCAAAAGUCUUUAAAAUCUUCCGUAUUGAAAUGUCAGUGGCUAUGAGCAGCCAGAGAAAAGGCUCUUAGAGCCAUGUGAAUUCUCAGGCUUCCUUCUCUUACUCCAUUUCUUGCUUCUCUGCUUUUAGGCGGAGUUACAAAGGGUAGUCUUCGUUAAACAUAAGCGUACACAUGUAGGACAAACAACAGAAGAGAACAGCUUAAUAGGUGUAGGCUUUUUAUGAUAAAUUGCUUAUAUUAGUUUUGAAACUACGUACCUGUUUGGAUAGUCCUUAUCUAGACUGCUCACACGUGGUGUGGCAGAACCAAGCAGCUAGUCCAAGCUCCCGUUUUCCUGUCUAGCUUGGAAGGUUUUGUGUCUAGUUCUGAGUGUGACCCUAAACCCUUCCCAAACCCCCUUAUGUUAAUUUCACUUAUUUCAUUGCCAAAACACGGGGAGACUUAUGUUUCGUUACAGGCAUUUCUUCCUGUGAAGAAAUUUCAUAUUAAUUGCAAACUCGGGUUAAUUCAGUUUCUUUGAUUAAUUGUUGCCAACUUCAUGAAGAGAUUUGGGAGAUUGGGGAGUGUUUUUUUUUUUUUUUAGUUGUAGUUUGUCAUAUCAAAGUAUCCUGUUUUCUUAAAACUCUCUUUAAAAAAAAAAACACUUCUAUAAGACUGUAUUUUGGAAGUCUAUUAAUGGGAUUCUAGAUUUCUCUCUCCUGGUUUUUAAGCAUUACAGAAGGGGAGAAAACAAAUCUCAGGAUAGCUUUUCCCCCAGUAUUAGCUUUUUUAUUUGAGUCUUGAAAUAGAGACUUCUAUUAGGAUUUUUACAUUUGGGAACCCAGUUUUAUCAUUUUAUCAUUAAAACAGUAAGACAGUUUGAGAUAAGAUCAAACUAAAGAUAUUUGUUGGGUUAAUUUUAAAUGCUACUAGUUCAUAAUAGCUGGAUAGCAUACUCAUCCCUUACUUGAUAGAGAAAAACUUGUCAAAGGAAUCAGACUUUAAAAUAUUUUUUCCAGAUCGAUGAAGCAAAAUCCCUCUUUACCAACUGAAUAAUUAAUAAAACUUGAAACAUCCUAGAAAAGUAGUUAUCAGUCUUUUAAAAAUCCACAUCUGUAAAUAUGUAGUUAUGAUUGCUUGCCAGCAUCUGACGUGGCAGAGUAGUUUGGUUUCUUAUUACCAGUUUUUCAUCAUUCUGGGUAAUUGCAUAUGAAUAUGUGCACACAAUGACCAAAAUAAAAUCAGGGUCUCGGUAGUUUACUCAGUUUCUGGGCAGAUAGUCCAAAAGCAAUGUUUACCUCUAAAUGCAAUAUGGUUGAUCACAUAAGCACCCUUCCAGCCAUAAAGGAUUGGGAAGCAGCAUCAAGCACUUGUCAGGCACUAAUGAGGCUCGGUAGCUUUACAACAGCCCUUUUGAAAAUGUGUUGGAAAUGGCAGUUUACUUUGGAAACCAAGAUGCAGAGGUGAGGAUUUCAGAAAGCAAGGAUUUGACACCAAAUAAACGUGAGGAGCAUCAUGAGUAGCAUCGUUUGGCUUGUUGAAUAGUCUGGCUUUGAAGCGGGUUGAGUUUGUGGCGGGGGCGGGGUAAGGAAAUGAAUGACAAAGGCACCUGAGGUCUGGUGGUGCUUGGCCCCUGGCCCACCACGCCUUGUGGCAGGUGAGUUAGCCUGGGGUCAUGCCCUGGGGAUGGGCUUCCUUUUGUCUAUUAAUACACUCCUGUGAGGUGACAGAUAACCCAAGUUCUAAAGCACUUUUGUGAAAUACAAGUGAGAAUUUGAAAAGGGGAUGCUUUGGUUUCUGCAAUCUCAAACUUGUGGCGUUUAAAAACAACAAAUAUUUUUAAUGUUUUUAACUCAUACUUGGAUUUCUUUGUCACUUUUUACAGCUUUUGGAGACCAAACUGUAAAUAUAUUACCAGGGAUGGUUUUGUGUUGUCCUGUAGACUUCUUAAAUUUGACAAAAAAUCUGAACAGAACUUGCUUGUGGUAGCCAACAGCUUUGUCUGAACCUUAAAAGAAGUCAAAAUAUGUUACAUAAGAGAUCCUAACCACUUGUUUUUACCUUCGGUGUGAACUAGUAGUAAUUUUGGAAAGGCAAACGUGACUGAAUAACUUUACCUGAAGAGCUUUAAAAGUGGCCUUUCUGUUACAUACGUGGCACAGACGGCUUACGAGCUCGGGGCCCCGCGGCCCUGCCUCCCAUACUUCAUCUCUGACGCCACCAGAGAUGUCUUACGGAUUCUGUAUCUAACAUGCUUAGGGUGGUAAGAGCCCUCAGGACUGCAUCACAGAGUAAACACAACCUCUUUAUUCUGUAUCUAACAUGCUUAGGGUGGUAAGAGCCCUCAGGACUGCAUCACAGAGUAAACACAACCUCGCCGAGGCGGCAGAUUUGUGUGUCUUUGUUUCAUUUGUGGCUGGAGACAGUCAAUGUUUUUGUCUCAGUAGUCAAUAUUCAUCUUACCUUAUGGUUGUGUAAUCGCCUGCUAUAUAUUGUAAGCUGUGCAAUAAAACAGAAUUGUGUAUCUGGAAUCACCUUUGGAGACGUGACAUUUCCUAGCUCGAUGACAUUGGUAGUGCUCCGUUCUCACGCUGUGCGAACAUAGAAUCAUGGGCGGCAGACAGCAUGUGCAGAAUGGGACCUGGAGGCCUUUUUGGGGCCGCUGAUCACACCGUGUGGGGAAACGGCAGGUCCGAGCAGAUGAAGUUCAAGAGGUGUGUGCCGUCCAAGUGAAGGCCAGGCAGGAGAUCACGUGGCAAGGAAGGGUGAGCGCUCAGACUUGAUCUCUUUUCAAUUAAAAUACUCUGUUUUCUUGUAUGUAUAAAUGCGUAUCCAAGAUCUAACAGGCGUUCUCCUUAAGUUUGAGGAUUUUUCAUUUUUAAUACUUUUAAUGCCGUCUUUUUGCUUGAUAGUAUUUGCUUGCCUAAAUGGCUCCCAGAUUGUGGGGGAGUCUCCACUUUGUUUUUUGGGGUUUUUUUUUUAAGUUUCAUUAUUAAAAGUGGUUAAGCACACAAAGCUGUUUAUGUUUAAUGUUUUUUGAGUUUUGUGACUGACUUUAAAUGAAACCUGUUAAAUGUGUCAGUUAACAUUCUUUUGGUAAUUCUGUUUGGAAUAAAGUUGUUUUUAUUUUCAGUCCA